ACUUAAAUCGGAUUAGAUAAAGAGCUGUUCUCAGUGGUGGUCUUCCGUUUUAUUUACGGUUUUGCUGUUGAAAUUCGAAGGAAAAGUUUAUGAGACGGAAUUUACUUCGUGUUGUCUCCUGUUGACACCGACCGAGUUUGGAGUCGGGGCAGACAGCCAUGAUACGGUGGGCGUGGGCUUGGCAACAGCAGUAAAAAGUUGGGUUCUCAAGGGGAAAUGUCGAGAAUAAAAGGUGAUUUUAUUCCCACAGAUGAAGGGGGGUUGUGCAGGGGGCAGCCCACCGGGCCCCGCCUGCGCUCAUCCUCGGAACGGCGUUUCCAGUGAUGUUCUUUUGGGGAGAGGUGGAGCUCUGUAGUCACGUUUCCACUCGGCGGCGCUCCCCCCGUUCAGCACAUGGGACGCGCGCACCGCCGCUCCGCCUCCAGGACGCGUCGAGAGGAACGGAAGCACAACAUUGGGAGCGCGUGCUGAGGGAAAACAGCAUUAUCUUCACUUGACUUACUCCAGAUUGCAGGAGACGUGGCAUGGUGCUUUCCAAAAAAAGGAUGUUUGGCGCGGAGUGAGGCGCAGCGCGUCAAAGAAAGCUGGACCGCGCGCGUGUUCAGCUCCGGAGCCACGUUGUCGCUGAUCCCAGGGAUGGAAAUGUGACUUGAAACUGGAAAGAGCUGCUGAACGAGGAGCGAUCAAAGGGGGAGGGAGGGUGCGGAGUCUCAAGUGCCACAAGUCGACAUGGAGAACCAGGACAAGAAGAAGUCCGACAGGAUGUUUGCGCUGACUUAUGUCGGCUGGUCCUCGCUCGACAGGCGGACCACGCUGCCCAUGCUGCCGUGGCUGGUGGCGGAGGUCCGGAGGAAGGGCGAGAGGGGCGACUGCGGACCUGCCGUGCAGCCCCGGGAGGUCCAGCUGGUCCUCAACCCGCCCUUCGUGCGCUGCGUCCCCUCCAGCAGCAGCAACUGCUCGGUCUUCAUAUUCGAGCACAAAGCGCAGCUCAUCUACCGCUUCGUCCACAACAGCAAUGACCUCACCUACUUCGCCUACCUGCUGCGGGGUCAGCCCGACAACCCCGAGUCCGAGAUGUCCUGUCACGUCUUCAAAGCGCGGGACCCCAACCAGGUCCCAGAGGUGAUCAGCAGCAUUCGCCAAGUUUCCAAAUCAGCACUGAAGGAAGACGCCAAACCAAAGCAGGAAGCUGAUGAGGCCUUUUAUAACUCCCAGAAGUAUGAAGUGCUUUAUCGUGGCACGGUGACCAUCGGGCAGAAGUCUGCCCCGUCCACGCUCAUCGACGACUGCGUGGAGAAGUUCCACCAGCACGAAAUCAAGAGAAAGAGGCUGCUGAACGGCCAGCGCGGCUCCACGGAGUCGGCGCCGGUGGACUUCUUCAUGGGGGCGGACGGCGAUCCGCUGUCAUCGGUUCUGAAUGAAAGCACGGAAGACUGCCUUGAGUUAGGUGACACGGUCAGUGGUGAAGUUAAAAGUCUGUCCAGCAGCUCCAGUCAGAGCAGCCUGAGGGGAGGUUUGCCCAAAUGCAUCCUGGAGGAUUCCGGCUUCGCGGAGCCGCAGGAGUUCCGCACCCGCUGCAGCAGCCUGGCCGGGAGCCUGCAGAGGAAGCCGGGGGACGGAGUCAUCUCGGACGCGACGCGACGCCGACACGCCAGCGCUCCCAACCACGUCCAGCCCUCAGACGCAGACAAGAACCGCACCAUGCUCUUCCAGGUGGGACGUUUCGAAGUCAACCUCAUCAGUCCUGACAGCAAGUCUGUGGUGCUGGAGAAGAAAUUCAAGGAGAUCUCGUCCUGCUGUCAGGGUAUCAAACAAACAGAUCACUUUGGGUUCAUCUGUCGGGACCAGAGUGAGUCCAGUUCCAACCAGUACGUGUGCUUUGUUUUCCAAUGUGCCAGUGAAUCUCUGGUGGACGAGGUCAUGCUGACCCUCAAGCAGGCUUUCAGCACGGCGGCUGCCUUGCAGAGCAACAAGACGCCGGUCCAGCUGUGUGAACUGUGCCCCAUGCAUGACUUGCACAAGCUCUGCGAGCGGAUAGAAGGCCUGUACCCCCCGAGAGCGAAGCUAGCCAUCCAAAAAUAUCUGUGCCAGCUGAGUGACAAUGAGCGGGCGGAGGUCUUCGAGAGAGUUCAGAAGCACAAGCCGACUUCUGAACAAGAGGAGAACGAGCUGGUCAUUUUCCAGCUGAGACACUUGUGUGAGGCCAAGCAGAAAACACACCUCCACAUCGGAGAGGCCGCCCAGAACGCAGGCAACAGCACGUCGGCAGGAGGAGACGGCUCCGCCAGCAGCAGUCGCUUCAAGCUGGAUAUUCUUAGAAACAAAGCUCGCAACUCCCUCACCAACUCGCUGGAGAACAUAUUUGCCAGGGGCGCGAGCCGGAUGCGUGGGCGCCUGGGAAGCAUGGGAAGCAUGAGCAGUUUCGAAAAACAGGAUGAGGAGUCGCCCGGACAUUCCCCUCCAGGAUCCCCUCCCGCUUUUCCUGAUGACGACCCGGAGGCCGGGCAGUUCCGCAGGCGCGCUCACACCUUCAGCCACCUCCCCGUGAAGAAGCGCAUCUCUUUUGACGGCCAGCAGGGGAAGCAGACUCCUCUGUACAGACAGCAAUCCGUGAACGCAGAGCUGCUCCAGAGCGGCCCUGUUGCCGCCUCAAGAACGCGCAGUGUUUCGGAGAGCCAAACCUUCAGCCUCCCCUCCUCCUUCUCCACUCCCACUUUCCUGAAAAGCUUUUAUCAGGGCUCCCUGGCAGACAGUGGAAGCCUCAAGAGUAAUGGCGAAGGCAGGAGCAGGACCCUGUCUGGAUGCAGCAGCGACUCUCUGAAUUUAGGGCCGCCCCUGACCCCACGCAGGGUCUCCUGGAGACAGAAGAUCUUCCUGCGAGUGGCCUCGCCCAUGAACAAGCCUGCCUCCUCCAUGCAGCAGCCAGAUGACCCGGACGCCAGGGAGCUGCUCCCCCUCUCCCCCCAUGCCUUGACUCCCAGCCUGGACGCGCUGGGGCAUCUGCUGCCCCAGGCAGGCGAGCACCUGUCGGGGGAGAGGCCGAAGAGAAGCGGGGCGGACUACCGGGCCCUGUGGAGAACCGCCAUCCGCCAGCAGAUUCUCCUGCUGCGCAUGGAGAAGGAGAACCAGCGUCUGGAGGAAGCGAGUCGCGAUGAGCUCCAUAUUCGAAAGAUGAAGCUGGACUAUGAGGAAGUGGGUCAGGACUCCAAAGACGCGCAAGGCUUGUGGGAGAGAAAGCUGUCAGCCCCGGGCAGAACCACGGUCCUGCAGGACAAGGAGGAGCUGUACCGAGCGCUCUGCCAAGGCGUUCCCAAAGGCAGGCGAGGGGAGGUCUGGCUGCUGUUCUCCCAUCAGCACCGGCUGCGACACAGACUGCCCAACCGCCAGCAGGCGCCCGACACUCACUACCAAGACCUGCUCAAGCAGCUGACGGCGCAGCAGCACGCCAUUCUGGUGGAUCUCGGUCGAACCUUCCCCACCCACCAGUACUUCUCGGCCCAGCUGGGCGCCGGACAGCUGUCCCUCUACAACCUCCUGAAGGCCUACUCCCUGCUGGACACAGAGGUGGGCUACUGCCAAGGAAUCAGCUUCGUGGCCGGAGUGCUGCUGCUGCACAUGAGCGAGGAGCAGGCCUUCGACAUGCUGAAGUUCCUCAUGUACGACCUGGGAAUCAGGCGGCAGUACAAGCCCGACAUGGUCUCCCUGCAGAUUCAGAUGUACCAGCUCUCCAGGCUGCUGCACGACUACCACCGCGACCUGUACAACCACUUUGAGGAGAACGAGAUCGGCCCCAGCCUCUAUGCCGCGCCAUGGUUCCUCACACUGUUCGCCUCGCAGUUCCCCCUCGGCUUCGUGUCGCGCAUCUUUGACUUCAUAUUCCUGCAGGGGACCGAAGUGAUCUUUAAAGUGGCCCUCUGUUUGCUGAGCUGCCAUGAGGGGGAGUUAGUGGAGUGCGACGGCUUCGAGAGCAUCGUGGACUACCUGAAAACAACACUUCCAGCUCUCACACAGGCACAGAUGGAGCAGACUAUUGCAAAGGUGACAGACAUGGACAUCUCCAAGCAGCUGCACACGUACGAGGUGGAGUAUCACGUCCUGCAGGACGAGAUGGUGGAAACGGCUCCGCUGCCCGACGACUCGGAGCGGCUGGACAAGCUGGAGAAGACCAACGCUCAGUUAAAGAAGCAGAACAUGGACCUGCUGGAGAAACUGCAGGCUGCCAGACAGAAGAUCCAAACGCUGGAGACCAGCGUGGAGAGCUUCCUUUCUCGAGAGAGCAAAAUGAAGCACGUGAUUCGCUCCCUGGAGCAGGAGAAGGCCGGCUACCAGAAGACCAUCGAGCGCAUGCGCUCCUGUGUUCCCGCCGACGCUCUGACAGAUGUGGAGAUGACCCAGAUCAAAACAGGACCCAAUGGGAAAGCCAAAACAGCAGCCAAGAAGCCCUGAUGGCGACCAGGGGAGCGUCUCUGGGCACGCGCUCCGGUGACUGAAGAAGGAGAAAAAACAUGAGUGUGAGCUGCAGAUUUAUCUGCCAGAACUUUGUCAGCGGAUAACUUUGUGGUUGGAGGGCACUUUCAGCCACAGUGGACACUUUCUCUGCCGCUCCGGAGGUGAGCAUCCCUCCGAGUUUUAAUUUUUUUGAUAAGGACACAAGUUUUGUACUUGAAGUCUGAGUGCUGCCUGCCUCUUGAAAUCACCACAAGCACUGCCUCGACACAGUGUUGUCACUCCCUGACCCGAGGGGCUCAAGGUAGCAGCCGUUGAGCAGGAGGACCAAACCUGGAUUGAGUCAUAACAAAUGCAGAUCAGUUCACCAAAACAGACACCAAAGUCAGCCUAUUGACUUAAAAAUGAACUGUGGCGCCUCGGUUUAUGAGAAUAACUCGCUUCGAAUGGACGUGGGCUUGUAACCUAAAGCGAUUAUGACCAAAGGAAAUAAUGGGCUCCAUGAAAUAUAGAGUCAACACCUUGUUUUUAGUCACAGGAUUACGUUCAGGACCUCGGUGGAGAACCUGUAACGCUGGUGGAGAACCAUGUGCCGUGUGUGUUGGUGCAGACAGUGGCAUGGUCUUUAACACCUUCACGCUUUUUAAACAUCUAUGAAACAUGCUGCCUUGACAAGUCAAGCCCGGGAACCAUCCUUCCUCUCAGGCCCUCGUAAACCGAGGUACCACUGGGUUACCCAAAAUACUUAAUUUAAUUUUUUUUUUUUUUUCAGUUAAAACAUUUUUGGACUAAUGAAUUGAGAAUUAACUGAGCUACCACAUUUAAUACAAGUAAAUUGUAUUUCAAAGGAGAGUAAUGUUUUGACCAACAUUCAGUUGGACUGCUCUCGAGUGUGGCCCCCCCCCCCCUUUGUUACCGUCUGUCUUAAACCACAAUCGUCUCAGGCUGAAAACAGAUGCCUUUUUUUCUCACUUGAAACGUCAGUGAAUGUAUACUCUCUCCUCCGGAGAGGCGUCCGUCAGCGUCGUGUCAGUCAGAGGAGGAAGUGUGUCUUCCAAACAGGAUGUGAGGUCGUCUGCCUUCUCAACUUCCUGUGUGACUGACCGCAGUGUCGCAAGACUGCAGCGGGGUCCCGGAGAGAGCCGAGGUGCGAAUGUAUGCUGCUUUUACAGAUGCAGGAAGUCGCUCAGCACAGUGGCUCUUGGAGCUGCAGCUCUCCACAUAUCUGACUUGAUGCAUGUGCAGUAAAGGCAAACCAAUGACUCUCUGCUUGUUAUUAUGGACACCAUCCUCAAUUUGGACAUUGAACUGCGUGAUGAAAGAGAGUUCACUUCAUGUGUGAGUGUCCCUGGCUCGGCCCACGACCUUGUUUACUCCCACCUCCUCGGCUGAAUCACCUAUUUCAGGUCUGAUUGAGAGCGCGACUGGGCUUUCAUCGCAUCAAAAACCCCAAGGCGACGUCUAUCUGCUCCGCUUGUCUGUCAGGCUUCCUGUCCUUGCGGUGCCACAAACUUUCAGCUCCCAUCUGAGUCAACGUUAUGAGCUUUUCUGAAACACCGGAAUGUAUUCUGUCGGAUUUGUUAAAUAUUUUCAAAUCCCCUCCUGCAGCUCCGGUUUACUUGUCAACUUUACUUGUUUUUUUUCUUUGUUUUGAUUAUCUGCAGUAUCGCUGCACCCGUGAACCAAAGCUGUUGGUUUUGAAAACGGAUGAAUGAGUGAAUAAAGAACUGAGCAAGUUCACUGCUUAACGCUGUGACGUGUGGAGUGAAUCUGCAUCUAGUUUCUGACUGUAAAGGUGAAUAUGGGCCUCAAAGGUUGUGGCUAAGGUAUUGACCCAUUUACUGGCAUCAAAAAAAUAUGCGAGCGUGGCUCUUAGUUCCAACAAACACUUGUUGGUUUUCAGAGCGAAACAUGUCUGGUGGUUACGUGGCCGGUUAUCAAGAACCAGCCCUCUAACCACCGACCAAUGUUCAACUGAACCCAAACAGUCUGUGCUCCUUUUAUCUUCUGUCAGUGUGAGUUUUUGUAGAUGAAAUUUGCCAUCUUUUAUAGGCAGCUCUCUCACGUUUCUUGACUGACAACUGUAGUCCACAUUCUUCUGUCGCUAAAAUACAUGUGGACCCAUUCAUACGUCGUCACUGUUGAGCAGUUUUUAUAUUAUAUUCAACGUUGCCUGUGGAUCUAGAUGCAGACGGAGCCUUCUGUCCGUGUUCUGCUAUCAUUUCGUCCAUAUUUCUGCACGUUUCCACAAAGCUUACGGAUAUGGAUCAAACCAAGCAGUACCACCGGAAACCAGGGGGGGCAGUGUGGCUCUUACCACCCGUAGCUCUAAUGGGACAUGAAGAAGACAACAAUCGUGGAAUUCUCCGAUAUAUUUAACUGCCUCACCGACCACCGCCUCCUACAACACUGCCCCCGUUUCCUCUUUUGUGCAAGAGGUACGAGAGCAAUACUUCUUCCACAGUCGCCAUGUUUGUUGUGGAGCCAGAAACUUUAGCCUAUGGGCUGCUCCCCCUGGUGGAUAUAUAGUCGAACAGCAGUAUCAACAUAUAGAACACAUGGAAGCAUGUGAUCAGUGAUGGUAACAUUGUUUAAAACGCAGGGGUGCAAUUUUGUACGUAAAGGGAGCAUAAAAGGGCCUUUAAAGUAACUCCAUCCUCAAAUGUGUACUUUAACAGGAAACAAGAAAACAAGACACAUCGUGACUUUGUCCAUAACCCCGUGAUUAACUACGUAACUAAAUUUGCAAAUGUGUUUUGAUAGUUGUUUAUAUUGAACUGUAUGCGAACGUGCGACCAGAUGUUUUUCUAUAUCAGAAAAGCAUUUUCUGCGUUUGCUCAUAAACAAACUGUACAAAUGAAUGAAGAGAUAAUUUUCGGCUGCGUUUAAUGUGGCUGUCAUGGCUGGCAUUUGAACACCAUGGUGCAGACAUAUACGCUUGCCGACCUUCUAUUCAUAAACACCCUUCAUAUUUGUGGCCUAGAUUCUACCAUGAGGCAGCGUUUACGGCAAACGCGGGUCCCUUUUUUGUGUUUUCUCCCUGUGCGUUCCUCAUGACACUCUGGUUUCCUCAAGGAGAAGAAAAUAUCCAGAGGUCAGGUGAUGGCUCUGUUCUCUCACUAGUCUAUGUGUCUGUCUGUUAGUGUCCUAUAAUGGACAGGAGACCCCGUCCUCCACCUCUAACCCCCUGGAACAGCUUUUUAACAACUGAGGUGUUGCUGCUGCACCUGAAGUCAAAAGUCUUCACUCUCAAGCCUUCUUUAUCCUAUACUUUGUGAGGAUGAGACAGUGAGGAGAUGAAACUGCCAGCAGCUAAGUGGUGGCUGUGAGUGAUAGCAGCUUGGAGACCCAGCAUUGUUUUCCUGGGAGGGUCUUGCCCAGAAAGGACUGUUGACUGUGGCAGCGAGCUGCAGCUACCAGGCCUGGAGCUUGUCAUGCAGAAGACACCAGGACGACGGCCAUCCAGGAGCCUAUCAGACACUAAACAAAGGAGGCCACAUUCCUUGUGUAUUCCCACACGAGAGCACAUCCUGCAGCGGGGGAAGAGCGGCACGCCGGGAAUCCGCUAGGGAUCGGCUGAGAACGACACUUCCUCUGCCCGAGGUCUUGUCAGCGAUGCUUGUCCCCCCCCUCCACCACUCAUGCUCCUCACCCCUCAGUGCUUCAGGACCCCCGGACUUCUCACUCUCCUUGUUGUCCCUUUGGAAUUGUGGCACUUGAUAUCAAUAAUAUCAUGGAGCAAUUGUUCACGACAUGGAACCGGAAGAGAUGUUGCGAACAGAAGAGGCAAAUAGCUUUUAACCUAUAAGUCUUCACCACUUCAGUGUGAAUCAAAAACUGUCUUCAGAAAGAGAUGUUCACUGAUACUUCCUCCAGUCACAGAGCACAACCUCCUCAUGUGUGUCCUGUAUGAGCCCAUAACACUACAGUUGGAUUGAGCUCAUUGGUCCACUAAAUGUAGGGCAAUUGCUAAAAAACAAAAUCAUGAUAUGGGUGGUGAGGAGCGGGAAUUUUGGAAGUGUGUGCUCUCUUGUGUGCCUUUAUUGUAUUAAUCUAUAUAAACAAAUCAAAACCCUAUGUUUGAGAAAUACAACUAUCCAACCUUUUCUGUUCAAACUCGUGGCCUGGUUAUGUAUAUUUUUCAGACACCAUUCUCAAAAAGAACUCCUUGCACUGAGGACCUUGCUCAAGCCCUUGAGCACCGGUUGCCACAGUAGAAAUUAGAAUUGUAAUAGGUUUGCAAAAUAUUUGCUGUUUUAGGACAAAUCUGAGUGACUCAAGAUGUUUCUAUAGGUCGAUACUCUGGUGUAUACUGGUCUAACCUAUUUUAAUCUAGUUUAAUUUUAAUUUUAAUUUUUUUUAAAUUUUAUUAUUAUUUUUUUUUCUGUGUGAUGCUCUUCCAGACUGCAUGCCCUUUCUUGCCUCUGUUGCUGCUGGAAAUGUAAAUUUCCUGGAGGGAGUCAUCCCAAAGGGAUCAAUAAAGUCUAGUCUAAGUCUAAGUCUAAGUCUAGUCUAUAGGAUUUGUGUCUGCAAAUUAGCUUGCAAAAUUUGGUGUCUAAAAUAACAUAAAAACCCAUUUAUGCUACUCUUUACGUACGAAAUUGUACCCUUUUCAAACGUUACUGCUUAAGAGUCAGACCCAGUCGCUGAAUUGUUGAUGGCUGACAGAAGGCUCAGGAGAACGAGAAUAGUUUAAAUGAUGUAUUAACAAUAGAAGAGUAGCACAAAGAUGAACAGGAACGGAGAAACCGUGGACGUCGGCACCAAAACACUGGAAAAAAACUCAGUUAACAGGCGAAUUAAUAACUCAAGCCUGACUGAGGGGGACAACGAAAAUGCACUUGGAAAUAAUUUAUAAAUAGAAAGCGCUCUGUGGUGGAAAAAAACACACUCGCGCGAGUAAAUAGCGGUAAUGGGACCAAAAAGUGAGUUUUACAAAACACUUGCACCCAGUCUAAAUAGAGAGAAACGAGAAACAGAAAAUGGAGCGAGGAGAAAAGAACGAAGGAGGCAGCUGAAAAGACAGAUUCAGAAAACACGAGAGAGUGGCAAGAGUCGCAAGAGAGUUUAUCGUAGGAACGCGAAGUGACCAUCUGGCAACACGAGCUGGCAACAAGCUGUAGAUAACGUGGAGAGCUUGAUUAGUAGAUGAAUGCUAGCCGCGUUGCUCAGGAAGCUCGAGGAGAAGAAGGAAACGGACACACAGAACCAAACCAGAAAUAACAAAAUAAAAUCACAAAAGAAACAAAACUGUCAGCGAUCAC